AUGCAAAAUUCACGCAAGAAGAGAAAGACUGUAAGAUUUUCCGGGCUGGAAAAUGAAGAGCCACCGUCUCUGCCAUCGAUACAGGAGGACGAUGUAUCUCAAACUGUACCUAACUCUCAGGUACACCAAAGGAUCGAAGUCGGACUUGCCUCAGCAGGUGACGUUGACCAUAUGUCACUUGAAAGCCGACGCCAAAGACGUAUGAGAGUACGAGAAACGAUGGAAUCUACAAGUGGACCUUGGAAUACCGAAAGAGAGCAAUUGAAUGCAUACGCGACUAAGAUUUCAGAGUCAGAAAGUCUGAGGCUUAGGAUAAUCAGAUCAAAGAGAGAGAAUUUGACGAGAACAGAAGUGGAAGUCAUCGAAGAAUUGAAGCUUCAAGAUGAGAGAAGAGCAAAGAGUGAAGAACGAUGGGAAGAAGAAUUAAAGAAGAAUUCAGGUCUGAUCAAAAGUGUCACAAGGACUAAGAGACGUAACUCAAUAAAAAAAACUCUCAAGCAGGAAAAAGUCGCUUACGAGGCUGUGAAAGACAAUCUCAGGACACAAGCGAGAGAUGCUGAAGUCGAAGUAGACAGAGAAUAUUUGCGAAAAAGAGAGAUAGAUUAUGAAAUCAAGAGAUUAUGGGAAGCUGAAGCUACUAGAUGGGAGUCGGAGCUGGAGAUCCCAUCCCUUCUGAGAAAGACCGAACUCUCGACGGAAGAGCGAGACUAUUUGGAAACCUCUGUCGGUAAUUCUUAUGUACAUAAAAGGUGGUGUAUGGCUGGCCCAGUUGGUAGGGAGCCGUGGUCUUAUCGUACCAAUGAACGGAAAAUGGUAUGUGAGGAUUGCAGAGCCGAUGAAAGAUGGCGAAUGAGAAUACAGGAGAGCUCUGAAUUGCCAGAAAAUCCACUUCAGGAUGACAAUCGACUUGUAUAA